UGGCAGAUCAUGACGGUCCUUUUUCACCGCCUCAGUGGCGUAGGUAGACGUGAAAGGUUGCCAAGCGAGAAGCUCGAAGACAGGGACGGUUGCCUUCAUCCCACUUUGUGGUUUUCACAUCGCUAUCGCGCUGCCGAUCGACGAUGUGUCGGCGUUUCGACGGCAGCGAGCGUGAGCACAUGCCAGAUCUUGAGAUUUGUGACACUCGAGCGUGUAGGUGACAUGGCUGCGAGCAGUAUACUCCAGCAAUGUCCGCGCGAGAUCGAGAUGAGUAUGGGACAAUCUGAGAGACUCACUUUGACUCAAGCCGCGUGGAAGAUGGCCAUCCGUCAGUGCUUGGUGACUGGAAGAGGAAUUUCAUUGUCAUACAGUAGCCCUCGAAAGUGUUCGCAUCGAUCAUAAUCGCGAUGUGUGUUACAGAGAGGUCAGCACUGAAGCCAAGUAUAUGUGCUGAGGCGCCAUUCGAGCGUUGGUAGCCGUCUCGCAGGAUAAGAUCUCUUCUUACGCCGGGUAUUCAGACACAAGAUAAGCCUAGUCGAUUUCUUACGAACAACGAUAUUGAUAAUUGCAGUCAAUGGAGCGACUGAAACAUGGUGGUUUGGCUGUCGCUGUGCAACGUCUUGAUCAUGAUCCCUUGGUGCUUGCGGUCAACUCAGCACGUGGAUGUCUGUAAAUGU